AUCAAAAGCAGUCAUGAAGUUAUUCGUCUUAUCAAUGGUGGUGAUGAUGGUGGUUUGUGUUCAUGCUCAACAGGAAAGCGGUGGUCCUUUCUGUCCGAAAUGCACCGAGCUAUAUUCUGACGACCCAGCCUUCCCAUUGCCCGUCCCGGUUGGAAACACUUGUUCUCUAAACCCUGAAAUAGAGCAGUGUGAUGUAGGUGACAGAUGUGAGCUGGUGGAGAUUGCAACGAGCUUUAUUCGUGACGCUGAUUUACUUACCCUGACGCUGUCGUCUUUCGGUUGCGAACAACAUUCCGAGUUUUCGAUGCCGAUUCCGGACACCGGCUGCAGGUUAGAAGGGGUAGAAUCUUCCGACCCCGGCAUUGAUCCUGUCAAUGUUCCUAAUUUUCCUGAGCUGACGAUCAGUUCCCAGGUACGCGUGACCUGCCUCUGUGACACACCCAACUAUUGUGCCUCAGCUCCUGCUGGAGAAGUAAACUGUGAAGACCCAGGUACGCCAGACUUUGGUAGUCAAUCUGGAACCUUUGACCACGGCCAUAUUCUAACUUUUCAAUGUAACCCGGGUUACACACUGAUUGGUGCAACUCAUAUUAUCUGCUUUGAUGGAACUUACAACGAAGACAUUCCUGUUUGUGAGGCGUUCUUCUCCAAGCUCGUCUUCGAGCUCAUCUUAGAGCUCGUCUUCAAGCUCGUCUUCAAGCUCGUCUUCAAGCUAAGAGUCUAG